AUGUUGCAAGAAAAUGAAGAAAGUGUUGUAUUGUUGAUUCGUUGUGCAUUACAAUUAUUUGAGGAUAUACGAAUCAAUUUUCCGAUUGAUUCAACUGUUCUUCAGUUAAAAAAUAAGUUGGCAGAUAUUUGUCCAUCGAAACCCGAAGUAGGUCGUCAACGUUUAAUAUAUGCAGGGUAUUGUCUUCAAGAUCAUCAUACACUUCGCUCAAUUUUUGAAUGUCAUUCGGCUGAUAGUGAUUUUUAUGUUAUUCAUCUUGUAUGUCCACCGGCAGUCCUUAAAGAUUUAGAUAAUCUUCGGCUGCGUAAAAAACCUAGCAGUUCAGAUUCAUCACACUCUUCAUCUCAGCAACAGCAACAAAGGCAACAACAACAACAACACGAAAUGCCGAGUACACAAUCGCUAACUUCAUCUCCUCCUUACUCUUAUUAUCCUUGGCAGCCGUGGCCAAAUACUAAUUACUUUAUACCAUUCGAUUGUAGCGAUCCUCAAUUUUUAGCGACAUAUAAUGCUUAUAUGGCUUCUUAUACCAAUUAUAUUCAGCAGAUAUUCAGUAAUAACGGUGAUUCUAUUCCUAAUAUAAAUCAACAUCCACUUGGCUUUCAAUUUCUUAAUCAAGCGGCUAGUGUUCAACAACAGUUACCUGAACAAAAUGUUCAAGAAGAAGCAGGAAGGGUAGAUAAUAAUAGACAAGCUGUUGGUGAAGUAGUGCAGGAUGCGAUGGGAGGCGUUAUUGGUGGCAUUGAAGACCCUCAACGAGAUUUUUUAGAUACAGUUUAUAAGGCUAUUCGUUUGUGUUUUCUCAUAGUUUUGGUCUAUGCAUAUUCAACUCCUGAACGCUUUAUUUGCGUUAUCUUAUUCAUUCUUGGAUUAUGGUUUGUACAGGCGAGACGUAAUCAAAGGCUAGAUCGAGAACAAGCUGAAAGAGCAGCACAACGAAACCCAGUCGAAGCUCCAAAUAUUCUUCAGUCACAGGCUACUGAAAAUUCCUCUGAAAAUAGAAAUAAUGAUAAUGGAAUACAAGAUGAAAGCUACGAAGCAGCUUAUCGUGAGCCCACAGCUUGGACAGUUUUUUGGUCUACUUGUUAUACUUUUAUUACUUCAUUUUUCACUUCUCUUAUCCCAGAUAAUCCGGUUCCGGUUAAUGUAAAUUAA